GCUCCGCUCUUUUCGUCCUCUUCCUCGUCCUAUGAUCACAUUGACGGAGGAGUACGAGCCGAGCCUUCGUCGGAUCCUCUCGCCAAUAUCACCAGCCAGCAACAGAAUGAAUCACAGUCAUCUGCAACUUAUACGAGCGCGCUGUCCAAUCAUCCGACCCAUUACAACCAGUAUACAGAUUCGUCGCAGCACAACGCGCAUUCUUCAUCGCAUGCUCUGCAACAUGCAUCCAGUCAGCUAUCGUAUCAGCAACUACAACAACAACAACAACAGUUACAACUACAGCAUCAGAACUACCAGUACCACUUGCAGCUCAGCUCGAAUCAGCCACUAGACGUACACAUGCCGGGUGACUUGACGGCAAGCCAGUCUUUGGGAGUGCACCACGCGCCCGAAUCGUACGCUCUGCACCAUCAUCCUGCACAUCAGCAGAGCGAUCCCGAAGGACAGCGCAAAAGCUAUGAUCGUGCUGAAACAGCAGAGCCUCACACACCUCGGCCACCUAAUGCCUGGAUCUUGUACCGCUCGCAAAAGUUUCGCGAGAUUCAGCAAAAUCGCAACUCACAAUGCCGCUCUGGCUUGACGGAGAAGCCGAAAUCACAGGCCGAAAUAUCAAGGAUCGUUUCGCAGAUGUGGCAAAACGAGUCUUCAGCGGUAAAGCAGAAGUUCGAAGCAAUGGCCGACGAGAAAAAGCUGGCACACCAGAAAAUGUAUCCCACCUACCGAUAUCGCCCAAAGAAGAAGGCUAAGGCUAAGCAGAGUGCAAGCAGCCAAAGGGACGCUAGUCAGAGACGCAUAUGGGAUGAAAAAGCGAUCAAGAAGGAGACGUACGGCGCGUAUGCCGGUGGAAGCCAGGAUUAUGAUGCUUCUGAGGGAGGCUUCAUGGUUAGACACGCGACCGAUCGGAGAGGAGACAGCGAGCCGCAAUAUCCAGGAGCAGGCCACGACGCAAGCGUCAGCAGCAGCAUGCACGAUCUCGUUGGUCGCGAUCUGAUUUCUCGAAGGCCACUCUUUGGUGAACGCAGGGAGCGUGGCGAACUUGCAACACCAGCCAAUUAUGGUCGCUCUAUUUCAGCGAGUCUCUCGCCGGGAGAAGGUACAUCGUUCUCGUACAACAACAGUCGCAUGCAUCCAUUUGGUGAGCGACCUUCAUCGCUCCUGCGUCAAGAAAGUCCUCGAGUCUCGGAUGCGUCCAGCGAGCCGCCUACCUCGUCGGGUGUCUAUACAAACAGCCACUGGCCCGACGCGGAUACACUCGGUGGACUGUCUUGCAACACAUACUUUGACGGAUCCGCGUCUCGGAGCGCAACCACUGGCUACACCACAAUCGCCAACUCGCGGAUGCCCUCUUCGUCGCUGAUGGGCUCCAACGCGAUGGGCGGUGCAUCCUUGCCAACGCUGCCGUCGCCUCAACAGCAGCCACCGCGUCAGUCGAUUCCUUCCCAACACCUUCAGCAUCCCAUCGGGUACUCGGAAAGCAGUCUCAGCUUUCAAGGGCUUACCGGAGCAGGCAACAGCUUUCGGCCGAGCGCCAUGACGCAUCCGGUCGCCCGAUUCGCACCUUCAUUCAGCGAGUCAAAGGCUGAAGUGUCAAACGGUCUCACGCUGUCUAGCAGUAAUGAGAGCGCCUCUGGGCACUGA